AUGAUGAUGAGGAUGGGAGAAAUGGGGCCUCAACUGGGCUCAGUGAUUGCCAGUGUGAUGUUUGUGUGCGCUAUUUUUCGACAAUACCUUCCCCCUCAACUUCGCUACUAUGUUGAUAAAUAUAGCCACAAAUUAGUGAAACUUUUCUACCCUUACAUCCAAAUCACCUUUGAUGAGUACACCAACGAGUUUCGCAAACGCAGCGAAGUCUAUUCUGCCAUCCAAAGCUACCUCAGCACCAAGUCUUCGACAAUAGUGAGACGCCUAAAAGCUCAUGAUGUCAAAGACAGCAAGUCUCUGGUCCUUGCCAUGGACGACAAUGAAGAAGUGGCUGAUGAAUUUCAAGGCAUUAAAGUCUGGUGGGUGUUGGUGAAAAGAGAGCUUCGACAGACUUCAUUUUCUGUCUACCCUCAGUCUGACGAGAAGAAGCAUUAUAAGCUCACCUUCCACAGACGCCAUCGAGAUGUCGUCACAGGGGCUUAUCUUGCUCACGUGAUCAAAGAGGGGAAGGCAAUAACAGUGGGAAAUAGGCAACGGAAGCUUUAUGUCAACAAUCCUUCCCGGAAUUGGUAUACAUACAGAGGGUCAACAUGGAGCCAUGUAGUCUUUGAGCACCCGGCAACAUUUGAGACCUUGGCCUUGCACCCCAAAAUGAAGGAAGAGAUUGUCAAUGACCUCAUCAAGUUCAGAAAGGGGAAAGAGUACUAUGCGAAAAUUGGCAAGGCUUGGAAGCGCGGCUAUCUCCUUUAUGGGCCACCAGGCACUGGAAAGUCUACCAUGAUUGCAGCCAUGUCGAACCUCAUGGACUACGACGUCUAUGAUCUCGAAUUAACGACGGUGAAGGAUAACACUGAGCUGAGGAAGCUACUGAUUGACACGCCUAGUAAGUCUAUUAUCGUGAUCGAGGACAUUGAUUGCUCACUUGAUCUUACCGGUCAGCGGAAGAAGAAAAAGGAGAAGGAUGAGGAGGAUAAUGAAGAAAAGGAUCCAGUUAAGAAAACGAUGGAAAAAGAAGAGAGCCAACCAAGCAAGGUUACUCUUUCUGGGCUGUUGAACUUUAUUGAUGGGAUUUGGUCAGCUUGUGGUGGGGAAAGACUGAUUGUGUUUACCACUAAUUAUGUGGACAAACUUGAUCCCGCUCUCAUAAGAAGAGGAAGGAUGGACAUGCACAUAGAGUUGUCCUACUGCUGCUAUGAGGCAUUCAAAGUGCUUGCCAAGAACUAUUUGGAUUUAGAGUCUCAUGAAUUGUUCGAAACCAUUGAGCGUUUGUUGGGGGAAACCAAUAUGAUUCCUGCUGAUGUUGCAGAGAAUUUGAUGCCCAACUCUGUUACAGAGGAUGCAGACUCUUGCUUGAAGAAAUUUAUUGAAGCUCUUGAGAGUGCAAAGGAGGAGGCAAGAAAGAAGGCUGAGGAAGAAGAAGCAAGUAAGAAGGCAGAGGAAGAAGCAAAACUGAAGGCAGAGAAAGAAGAGAGGGAGAAACAGGAGCCUGCUAAAGAUGAAGUGAAAUGUAACGGAACAUCAGCUAAAGAGGAAGAUGCAAAAUGA